UAAAACCUUUGUUUGUUUUAAAAGCUACUAUAUCCCAAAGUUGAAACUCAGGAAUACACAGCUGCAUAAUCUUUUAUAUUUCGUUACAAAAAAACAUGCAUUUAUUGUAACCGAAACUCCAGCAGUUAAGCAGCUUUGUCGUUAGGGCUCAAGCUGGCGUGCUCUGCCAAUGCCAUUGGCUCUGCGAUGUGUGCGAGUGCGCGCGGACGAGUCUUCGAGAAUCCGGAACAUUCACUUCCAGGGAUUUAAAAAUCUCCGAGCGAAGCGGUAGUGUAAUGACAAGACCCGAAAUACACAAAUACAUCCAACACAGAGUUGAUUUCACCGCUUUUGACGUCAAAUGGAUGCCGCAGAGUGCCAAGUUCCUUGCUUUCGGAGCAUGUCCGGACGGCCAAGGAACGGUGAAUGUGUACGAGCUGGACGGUUGUUCAGUGAACAAAACGCAACAGCUUCCACACCCACGAGGCGUAAAAUGCGGUACGUUUGCGUCCUCGAGUAGGGACGAACGCAACGUUACGACGGGUGGCUUUGACGGGAACUGGCGAAUUUGGGACGUAGAAUGUCCGAGCGAGCCAGUUGUGUGCAUUAGAGGCCACAGUAAAAUCAUAAACUCAGUUGAUGGCAUCGGCGACACUGAUGGUUCUCCAGCGAUAGUAACAGGAUGCAAAGACGGUUCCGUUAAGGUGUGGGAUCCGAGAAAACCAGAACAACCGACCGUGGUUAUGGAACCGGCGCCGGAGCAGCUGAAGCUAGACUGUUGGGCAGUCUGCUUCGGCAACGGCUACAGCGCGGUGGAACGGUGUGUCUGUGCUGGAUACGAAAAUGGAGACAUCAAAUUUUUCGACCUCAGAAAUCUCGCCGUCACCUGGGAGACCUGCGUCAAGUCAGGCGUCUGUAGCUUGGAGUUUGACCAGAAGUCCAUCUACAUGAAUAAACUAGUUGCAUCUGGAACUGGGUCCAACAUACAUGUCUUUGAUCUGAGGACGAAGCACCCAAAAGGAGGCUUUGCUCAAUUGUCACAUUCUGAUGAAACAAACUCUACCAUUUGGGCUGCACGACAUUUGCCACAAGACAGGGACAUAUUUGCUACCUGUGCGGGUUCGGGAACCAUCAGCCUGUGGAAGUACCAGUACCCUGAUAAAAGAACCCACAAGGCUUCGGAUGGCUGUGACGAAGGCGUGCCUGGCAUGUUGACCCACCUCUGCAAGGCCUCUCUGGGCAGUCAGCCAGUGUCAGCACUAGACUGGAAUCCAGACAUGCAAGGACUCUUUGCAACAUGUACCUUUGACCAGACCCUCCAUGUUGGCUUUGUCACUGGUUUGGCAAGCUGACCGCGUGCUUAUAUGGUGACAGAUGUGCAGGGUGAUAGAAAAGUAACAGAAAAAGUAAAAUUUAAUUAUCAGAAAAGUAUAGCAAGAUGCAGUUUUCACAGAAAUGCACAGAAAGGAUUUUUUUUGAUAACAAAAACUCUUAAUGUGAAAUUCACAUUUCUCACCAAGAGGUGGUGUUGCUACAGGCAGUUAGAGAAGUUCUGAGGAGGAGAAAAAAGAUUAAGGAGAUGUACACAAAAGUGCUUGAAUGUUCAGCAUACUUGUUUAACUCAAGCUAGGUGGCUGUCAAGGCCCAGUUUCAAAGGGGAUGCCAAUAAAUCAUCACAAGCAUCCCCUAUUAAUGACAAAUGUAACUGCUGUGACUGCAAGACUUGUUUAAUUUAAGAAGUCCCAUGUUUUGUGCAUUUUUAUGAAAACCUCGUCAAGCUAGUGUCUACAUUGCUGUUAAAUUUCACAUUUUUCUGUUACUUUUGAAUCACCUUUGUGUAUGAAUAUUAAGGAUACUCAGAGGGUAUGGUAUGGUAUGUUUUGCUUACCAUGUUCAACAAGCAAGUAUUUUUGUUUCUGUUGCCUGAAUGAAAAGAAAGUCUGUUACAAAACUUUCAAGGUGAAAGUAAGUAGAAUGAGUGCAACAUUUUACAUAAAAAUAAAUGUGACAACAGUAGUUGCCCAUA